GAAUCGGCUGCAAGCGAGGGCAGUUGAAGCAUGAGGCCCGUUAUGGGAUAGUGAAACCCCGUGAGACUGGAGCCGGAAUGUGCAGAACAGAUCACCUCAUUUUCCUGUUUUCCUCUUUUCAUCCAGGAUGACUUCGGCGACCAAAUCAGAAGACCAGGGACCAACGAUGUCGGAGACUCAGGAUCGUCCAUUGCAACCAAGUCUCGAGCCUUUGGAAGCAUUGCCUCGAUCCUCUGCCUACCAGGAAAUGAUGGCACAAGGCACUUCAGAGGAACAAAACCACCUUGGCCGGAGCCCCAGAGAGGGGGAAGGUUGUGGUGCUGACCCCCAGGAGGGACCUCAGUUGAGGUCCUUUCAUUUGUCUCCUCAAGAACAGUCUGCCCGUCACAGAGACAGAAGGCAGUCCUGGAGGCGAGCAAGCAUGAAAGAGAUAAACCGGCGGAAGUCGUUGGCUCCUUUUCACCCGGGCAUCACAGAGCUCAGCAGGUCAAUCAGUAUGAAGUUAGCACAGAACCAACGGCUUGGCGCCCUCCUGCUCUCCAGCUUCCAGUUCUCUGUUGAAAAACUUGAACCUUUCUUAAAGAACACUAAGGACUUCAGCCUUGAGUGUUUUAGAGCCAAAGCAUCUUCUCUCUCUGAAGAAUUGAGACAUUUUACAGACAGGCUGGGAAAUGAUGGAACUCUACAAAAAUGUUUUGUUGAAGAUUCAAAAGAAAAAGCACCAGAUUUCUCACUGGAAGCAUCAGUAGCUGAGGUGAAAGAAUAUAUAACAAAGUUUUCUUUAGAGCGUCAGGCCUGGGAUCGGCUCUUACUGCAGUACCAGAACGAGGUUCCACCUGAAGAGAUGCCCAGAGGAUCAACUGAAACCAAAAUCAAUGAAGUGAAUAUGGACCCUGCAGCCUACCUUAGGUCUUCCCAGAAGGAAGUUCUUAACACGAAACCCGACUAUCAGAGAAUAGUACAGAGUCAGAAUGAAGUCUUUGCCUAUAUGGAAUUAGUGAUGGAUGAGCUACAAGGAGCAGUGAAGCAGCUGCAAGCCUUCAUGGAUGAAAGUACUCAGUACCUCCAGAAGGUGUCAGUACAGCUCAAGAAGAGAAGUAUGGAGCAGUUAGAUUCUUCACCUGCUCGAAAACUGCUCAAGCUCCAUCUACAGAGCUCAUCUACCACCCAGUGAUCAGGAUCCUAUCAGGGAUCUUACCUCACAGCAGUCAGCUGGGAAGUCCCGGCCCUACAGCACUCUCACUGUUCCUGAGUGACUGCAUGUCUGUAUCCAGAAGAGAGUGUUAAGGACACUUUUGUAAUAGUGUGCAAGAUGCUUAAAAUGACCUUCAUUGCUCUAAAUAUCU